GUUUCGUAAUUUUUUUAACUCAUGAAAAAUGUAUUAUUUUAUUGUUUAACAAAUUUCAUAAGAACACCGGAUAAAUAAAUAUUCUAAAAUGAUUGAACUUUUGGAAGAAAUGUGAUUUUUAUAUAAUGUUAUUUAAUAACAAAGAUGAAUAUUUGGGAAAAAAGAAGAAAUAGGUUAUGUGUAGGAAAUGUUAUGUUCAAUCAAGUUCAAAAUUUAAAUUUAAUGGAGAAAUAUGGAAAGUCCAGAAGUUUUUAAUUUCAUUGCGCCAGAUUAUUCAUUUACCAUAGAUAAAUUUAAAGGAAAGUUAUCAAUAAAUCAUUCUACUAUAAAUAAUUUACAUUAUAAUUAUAUGGUGUCUAUCAUAACAUCAAAUCCAACUGCAUUAGAUCAAGUUCUUCACAAUUCCAGAGAUAAGUCCAUAUUCUAUAAAGUAUAUGGUUUUAGUUUAGUAGAUUUAGUGAACCUUGAAUUUUUAUCCAGCUUUACACAAAAUGGAAGACUCAGCUUGCUCAGCAUCAAUACCAGAAUAGACUGUGAUAACUGCAUUGGAAUCACACCAAACAGUAAGCUUCACUUAAAUUUGAACAAGGAGAGUUACCAAUGUCUUGGACUGGAUGGAAGUUCUUCACACUUUACCAAAAAACUGGAAAAUAGAUAUACUGCCACUGUAGAUCUUAGUGAUGGGAAAUUAUUAACCAACAAAAAGAAGUUCGAAAGACUUAGGUCAUGUCUGCAAGUUUUAGAAAAGGUUACAGUAUUGGUAUCCUGGGAACCACCUGACGAAAUAAUAUGUCCAUCUUCGAUUGCUAAAUUCUUUGUAGAUCUUGGAUACAGGGUGGAAGAGUGUACAGCUACAAAUUAUUCUCAUACAAUCAAUACGAAAGUUUUCGGUAUAAAUCUUGAGAGUGAAGAUGAAUUUGAUACUUUAGAGUUUAUGGAGUGGUUGGGAAUGGUCAUGCUAGGUUGUAACUUGAAGCCAGAUAAAACGAACUAUUUAUCUAGUUAUAUAGCAGAUAUAGAGGAUAAAAUGGAACAACAAGUUAGUUGUUUGCAAUUGAAGGGGUUUUUCUCAUCUAAUGAUGUAAAACAGAUAAUUGAAAAUACUGUAAAUGCAUCUACUUGCUUAGAAGAUCAGUGGACAGCAAUAUAUGUACAAGGCUUUUCAGAUUGUCCUGUUGCUUGGGGCGAAGAAGAACACCAUUAUUUUACAAACGGAGACAACGGAUAUGUAUUAGUCUUUGAUAAAAAUGGAGGUUUAGUUUAUACACACAAAUGCUCUAGAAAAAGGUAUAAAUAAAGAGAAUGACAAAAUUUAUUAUUUACCAUUAUUAUUUACAUUGCGUCAUCCGGAAAAAUAAUAGUUGGGGUACAUAUUGACAUUUUCAUUAUAAAAAACUGUAUACAAUUCUUUCAUUUUUCAAUUAGUUUAGGAUAGUAUAGGUGCUGCAUAGGGCAGCAGCUAUGACAUUACUUCAUUAAGGCUAUAGCGGAAUGAUUUCUACUGUUGCCUUAAUGACAGAUACUCACGAGUGGAUAUCACAAUGAUUCAACCGGCCGUGAUACUGCGAUCAGGCAGGCACGGGGAAACCACCUGAUUAUAUUCCCGUGACUAUACCAUCAUGAAUGUAUCGAAUCAGUUAGAUAUGCUUAGCGAUCGGCGCUCAGUUGGUUCCGGGCCAACUAGUGUCAAAUGGGCUACCGGGCAUGUGUUUGUAAGCAACCAGGCAACACAUGCGAAAUUGGCGCCUGGAAAAAAAUUAGAUUUUCAGUUAAGAAAAGCAAUGGGAAGGCAGAUCAUGUUGUAUACAUAUCGGGAGCAAAUAACACAGGAAGAAAUGGUGAAAUGGCAAUUAUGGUGACUAAAAAGUUUCACAAUACGUGAUGAUUACCAACCAAUAAAUGAUAGAUUAUAAAAAUAACCUUACUAGCAUCAAAAACAAAACGAGCAUUCUUCAGGUCUAUAUGCCAACCUCAGACGCGUUAGACAAUGAAGUGCAAGACGUAUACUCCGUUAUUGAAGACACAAUAAGAAAUAUUUCAUCUAAAGAACCAUUCAUAAUCAUGGGCGAUUUUAACGCUAAGGUAGGAGGAACAAGAAAUGAUAACAUCCAAUAUGUAGGAAACUAUGGGUUAGGUAUUAGAAACAGCCGAGGCGAACGUUUAAUAGAUUUUGCAACCGAAAACAGUUUGGUCAUUCUAAACACAAUGUUCAAACAUCAUGCCCGUCGUUUAUCGACGUGGACCAGCCCAAAUGGAGAAUACCAGAACCAAAUCGACUACAUAUUGAUUGGAAACAGAAGACAUAUUUUACAAACGUAAAAACUAGACGAAGAGCUGAAUGUGAAUCUGAUCAUAAAUUGUUAUGGGCUUGCUACAAAGAACAAUGCCGCACCAAAAUCAAAACAGGCUGGAGAUUUUAAAUCUGAAAAUAUUUAGAGAUGCAUUCAAGGAAACUAGUAUGUUGAAUACACAAGACAACCCAGAAGAAAUGUGGAAAGGUUUCAGAAAUUCCAUAGAAACCUCUGUAGAAAGAACCAGGACAGAAAAAAAGAUCAUCAAAAAAAUCCCUGGAUGACAGACAGAAUGCUGCAACUUCUCUCAAAUCUCUCAUAUAUCAAAACGACAACAACAAAAAUGAAUUAGCAAGGUUAAAUAGAGAAAUUAAAAGAACAUGUAGGGAUGAUAAAAAUAUAUAUAAAUGAAGAACGCGAAGAACUAGAGAGACAUGCAAACAGGUAUGAAUCCCAUGAGCUAUAUAACAAAGUCCGAUAUCUAUCCAGUGAAUUUAAACUAAUCACACAAAUAAUAAUGGAUCAAAACCAACAUAUUAUAAAUGACGAGAAAGGGAUUGCGGAGGUAUGGAGAAAAUAGUGUCAAAGUCUAUAUGCAGAUGAUCCCCAGAAUGCAAAUCACGACGAGUUCACUGCAGAGAGAGAAUUAAACAUACUAAAGUCAGAGGUAGAAACAACAAUCGAAAAAGUUAAAAAAUAGAAGAUCCCCUGGUGCAGACCAGUGCAAACUGGUAACAAUUUGGAAAAAUUCUAGCAUAACAAUACACUCAAAACUAAGGCUGGUAAGAUCACUCAUUUUUCCCUUAGCUACAUAUGCAUCCGAAACGUGGACUCUAAAAAAAGCGGAUAAAAAUUAACUAGACGCUUUUAAAAUGUGGGUAUAACGCCUCGUUAAGAAUAUCCUGGAUUGAUCAUCGCACUAACGUAUCGAUAUUAGAACAACUUAAAGUAAAGGAUAGAUUGCUUAAACAAAUACAACAGAGACAUUUGCAGUAUUUUGGACACAUUGCUAGAAGAACAGGUACGAUGGAAAAACUGAUAGUCGAGGGUAGAAUUGACACACACACACACACACAUAUAUAUAUAUAUAUAUAUAUAUAUAUAUAUAUAUAUAUAUAUAUAUAUAUAUAUAUGUGCGUGUGUGUGUUUAUAUGUUCACUUAAAGUAAAAGUUCAUUUAUGUAAUUUGCAAGUGCACAAUUGGAUUUUCCUAAUUAUGUAAAUUAAUAUACUUAAAAUAUAAGUAAUUCCAAUGAAAAGAAACCUUUCAUUGAAAUAACACCAGGGUAAAUCUCUCUACCUGCCUUUAUGAUAAUUAAUUUUUGUAACGAACAAAAAAUGUCAUUAAAAAAGUUAUAGUUUGUCAUUAAAUGUGAUAGAAAGUUUCUUUGUCUCGUAUGUUUUGUAUAAAAUUAUGGAAUUUGAAAGUAGUUUUUUGAGAAGUGCUUUUUGGUGAUAAGAAGUAUUCACUUCAAAAGUUAAAUAUAAGUCCCAUAUCAUAUUAUAUUAAGAUUAAUUUUUAAAAUUCACUGCAACAGUGUGAACGAUACGCUACAGUUACGAAUGUCAAAACCGAAAACGGAUUUUUAAAAAAUUUUAUUUUCGUAACAAAAUUUAUUUUUGAGAACGUACAGGUAUGGUAACAACUACAAAACAAAAAGCUCUUAAUCUAAUUAAACACUGGUAUAUAUAGUCUUUCUAUAUGUCGUCACACAUUGAAUAGUCCAGGGACGUAACUCCUCCACCCUUAGAAAGAAGGAUAUCCUUGGGAUGUGCUUCUUUACAAAAUUAAUUCCGGGGUUUCUUCUUUUCUUCUUUCUUCUUGUUUUCUUUGACGCACAUUUUUACAAUAUUUAGUUAAAUAAUAUAAAAUUAAAAUGAAAAUUAUUAUAUAUAUACAGAUUGUCCAAAAACUUGUUUGUUUAAAAUAAAUUGAAUUAUUAUCUUUCAAAUUAUAUUUUUGUGUUUCUAACUUCUCUAAAAUAUCUUUAGUCUUUCUAAGGUUAAUUGUAUUAAGAUUUAUUGGUGAAAAAUUUGAACUUUCAUUUUGAAAAAUAUUAAUAGAAGGAAUAACUUUUGGAAGAUUUAUAUGAGCAAAAUGAGUUUUACUAAAUUUUUCUGUUUGGAAGACUUCAUUCUUGAUUUUCACGGUACAAUCGGGAACUGAUUCUAAAACAUAGCUUCCAUGUAUUGGUAAAUUUUCUUUUGAAUUUGGGCAUUCGAUAAUUGCUAAUUCUUCUUCUGGAACUGUAAUUAUCCAUUUUCCGUCGCUAAUUCUUGUGGAUUCUAUCUUCUUUAUCUUUACUUCAAAAUGUUCACAUGAUAAUGCCUUCUUCUUAAAAUUUAUUAAUUGGACUGCACAAGGGGCUUCUUCGGUUAUCGUUAGUUUAUUACUUCCUUUACAUAUGUACUCUUCUGAGUCUAUUUCUGUGCAUAUAUCUUCCAUAUAGAUAUAGCUAAAUUCAUUAAGUGCAAGGAAAGGUUUGUAAGGUAAAUGAAUAAGAUAAUUUGAGUUGUUCAUAGGAAUAGGAAUAGGGAAUAGUUGGUAAUAAUCAUAUAUUUCCGAUUCAACUAAUGGAAUUUCUAAUACAAAUGUUAUUAUAGAAUUUACUGAAUAGCUCUUAAUAUUUAUUAUUUUCUCGUACUGAAUUAUUUUUCCUAGUGUAGUAUCAAAAGGCAUUAAUUUUGACUUUGUCUGAGAUUUUGCUUUCUUAAUUUCAUUUAAAAGUUCAAUUGGAUUUACUAUAGAAUUGUGCAAGGUAUUUAUUUUAGCAAAUGAGAUUGCAGUUUCUACUUUCUCAAAGAUAUCAUAAAUUGUUUGAUAAAGUAAAGUAAUUUGAUUUAUUACUAUAAAUGACUGAAUAUGUGUAUACAUACUUUUUUCAAAUAAAGCUAAUUUAUUCUCUAUAUCUUCAAUUUUUGAUUUUAAAAUCAAUUGAUUAUGUGAAAUAUUAUUUAUAGCAUUAUUAAAAGUAUUUAUAGAAUCUUGCAAUAAAGAUAUUUGUCUUAGGGAAUUUACUUUUAAGUUAUUUUGAUUAUCUUUUAAUUGUUUUAUUUCGUUCUCUAUUCUUUGUGCGUCUUCUUGGUCCAUAUUUCCUGUAAUACAUUUUAUUAUUGUUCCUAGAGGAUUUAGAAGUCCUCUUUUUGUUCUCUUUUCUUCCUUAUACAAAGGCGGAUUAAUUUGAUAUAUCUGCUCUUCUAUUUUAUUUUUGUUGAGAAUGUAAUACAUUUAUAUUGUAUACACAGAUAUAUUGGUGUAAGAGUAAGCGGAACGCACCCAUAGUGUCAUGGGUUGACAUGACAGACAAUAAUAGUAAUGUCAAUGAGUAUCAUGUAGUUGUAGGUGGUAGUAAGAAGUAUGGUGGCUUAAGUUAGGUUAGUUAAUUAGUAUGUAUGUUAUAGGAAAUAAAGCCUUUUAUAAUAGUAG